AUGAAUGACCCUCUUACCCGGCCGGCCCUCGGUGGCUCAGGCCCGUCGAGCCGCCAGCACCACCCGCCGUUGGAUCUCACUUUUGACUUCUUGGCCGGUGAGGAGAUGCGGCCACUCCCCGUCCACGAGGUGGAGCGGCGCCGGGCUGAAGAGCGGCGGCGAAAAAGUGUGGCCGUCGACGUCACCGAGCAGGAGUUUGCGGCCAGUCUUGGCAUUACAAUAGAGGACACACGCGAUCCCAUCACAGGGGUGAGUUGUUUAGAUUAUAAUAACGCCAUGAAAGAGUACUAUGGCGAUCCUGAGGAUGAUGCAUAUAUGGAGUUUAUGAAAAGUCUUUCACGUGUAUUAGCGAAUCAGACCUGGCUUAAAGGUAAUAAUUUUCUUGGAAAGGAUAUUGAAGGUGAUUACACACGACUGAAAAGGUUUGAGGAUGAUGCAUUAAAACUUGUUGGAACCUCUCAUGAGAAACAUAUCACAACAUUAGAGAAUCAUGUGUACUCUGGUGUGCAAAGCAAUGCACACAGGGAGUUCCUGCAGCAGUAUAGAGAGGAAACAUGCCCAGAUCAGGUUCUCUUGCGUCUCGCAUUUGAGCAAAAGAGAAGAGAUUGUGAUGCUGCAAGUAGUACAGCUGAAGUGACUGAUGUCGCAAAUGAAUGUCUAUCUAUUAGUCCACCACGACAGAGACAAUGGAAAGGGAAACAAUACAAAAAGGCCUUUUUGGGUUUAUGUAAAGAUGAAAACGCACCUCAUAUGCUAGAAUAA